AUGUGGGGGUAUAGAAUGGUAAUACCUUCAUAUUUACGUCCAAUUAUUUUAAAACAACUACACAGCAGCCACAUGGGUAUUGUGAAAACUAAGGGGCUGGCACGGAGUUAUGUGUGGUGGCCGAACAUCGAUGCGGAUGUGGAAGCGCUAUGCCGAAGCUGCGAGACCUGCGCCUCUGAGGCGGACGCCCCGCCGCGCGCGCCUCCUAACCCCUGGCCCUACUUGCCUCCCUGGUCUAGAGUUCACAUAGACUUCCUAGGACCGUAUAAAGGUAAAACUUAUUUAGUUUUAAUAGAUUCGAGCUCGAAAUGGCUUGAAAUUAUUGAAGUAGCGCGAACGAAUGCGACUUCCAUUGUUAAGGUGCUGAGGUCAAUAUUUGCAAGAUUCGGUUUGCCCUUAGAACUAGUGUCUGACUAG